UUGAGGAGCUGCUCACUAACUGUUAUGUGGAGUGGAGCGUGUUUCCACUCAGCUGGACGGCGCUCAGCCUGAGGAACAUGACUCAAAGCUCAUGCCAAGCGCCUGUGCAGUGGAACCUGUCCAGGUGAAGAUGAAGCCUCACCUGUGGACCUCACUGCAGUGCGUGUUCACUGUAUUCUGUUUGGUGUGGAAUGGCCUGUCCGCCCAGGUGCACCACCUUAGGCUUUCUGUCCAGGAGGGUCUGCCGGCCUCCACGGUGGUGGGCGACCUUAGAGCCGCCCUGCCAUCCAGUGUAGGGGUCAGCGGCUUCUUCAUAUCCGAAAGCAGGGACUCAGAUGUGUUCAGGGACUUGGAGAUAGACUCGGACUCUGGGAUCAUCUCCACGGCCACCGUGCUGGACCGAGAGAGCAGGGACAAGUAUGAAUUUGCAGCAGCGACUUUGACCGGAGAGGUCGUCAAGGUCACGGUGGUGGUGAAAGAUGUGAAUGACCAUCGGCCUACGUUCCCUGUAGAUGUCGUCGACUUGAAUGUGUCUGAGCUGAGCCUGCCUGGCUCAGGCUUUGAGCUUCCUGGAGCUCUGGACUUGGAUGAGGGUCAGUUUGGAACUCAAGGUUACAGACUCUUGAAAGGUGAAGCAGAAGAACUUUUCAAAGUGGAACUCCGCAAUGGAGGAGGAGGUGGUACAGUCCUCAACUUUGACUUGGUUCUCAUGGAAAAACUGGAUAGAGAAAGCAGAGAUUUCUACAGCUUGACCGUUGAGGCCUUUGACGGAGGCGUGCCGCCAAAAACAGGUCGCCUACAGGUGCACGUCAACGUUCUGGAUGAAAACGACAACCAGCCUGCGUUCAAUCAAACCGAAUAUCAAGCUGUGUUGUGGGAAAACGCCCCACUUUUGACACCUGUGUGCCAGGUGCACGCCGUAGACCCAGAUUUAGGCAACAACGGCCUGAUCACCUACGAGAUCAACAGGCGCCAGAGUGACCCCAACGAGUUUUUCAUCGUUGACAAGAACACAGGAGUCAUUCGCCUCAACAAGCCUCUGGACUACGAAAGCCAGACGUUUUUUGAGCUUAUAGUGACUGCAAGGGACCAUGGGGUCCAGCCUGAGUCCAGCAGCACGUUUGUGGGCAUCAGGGUUCUUGAUGUCAACGACAACAGCCCAAACAUUAACGUCCUGUUUCUGACUGAAACAGGAGAUCCAGAGGUGUCUGAAGGGGCUGGAUAUGGAGAAUAUGUGGCCAGGAUUGCCGUGUCUGACCCAGACCUGGGAGAGGUCAAAAAGGUCAGCGUGUUCCUCGAAGGUGGAGAAGGCAAGUUCACACUGAAGGCCACUGACGAGUUUCUCUACGCGCUCUGUGUGGACGGCCCGCUGGACCGGGAGCAGAAGGAUAUUUACGAGUUGACUGUGGUUGCUUCUGACUUUGGCUCUCCUCCUUUGAGAAGCGAGAGAACGUUCCUCUUACGAGUCACAGAUGUGAACGACAACCCUCCAAGCUUUGAGCGGAAAGUCUAUGAAGUGAGCGUGUCGGAGGAUUUACCUGUUGGAAGCUCAGUCCUGCAGGUGAAGGCCCAUGACCAGGAUGAGGAUUCUGGUAUAUUCUACUCAAUCCUGCGGUCAAAUCAGGACUACUUGGUGAACAUUGACCCUCAGACUGGCCUUAUUAGCACGGCCGCAGGCUUGGACAGGGAGAGGGAUGUUAACCUGGCCUUUCUGGUGGUGGCUGUGGAUGGAGGGUUUCCUCCGUUAACCUCCACCACCACUGUGAACAUCCAUGUGGAGGACGUCAAUGACAACAAACCUGUAUUCACUCAGCAGCUCUACAACACCACCAUUCAGGAGCAUCUGGCCAACGGAACCUGCUUUUUACAGGUCAGUGCUGAAGAUGCUGAUGGUGGUGAGUUUGGAAUGCUGCACUACUCAUUUUCUGAUGGGUACAACAGUGAAGACUCGCAUCCUUUCUUCUUCAUCGACGCCGUUACCGGAGACAUCUGUAUAUCUCAGGACAUUGACCGUGAUGCAGGUCUGGUGACCUUUGACCUCUUAGUAAAGGCAGAAGACCAAGGAGGUCUGUGGUCUCAGGCAUAUCUUCACAUCGAUGUGGAGGAUGUGAAUGAUAACGCCCCAGUCUUUUAUCCAGAGAAAUACAUCACAAGCGUAAGCAGCCACGCUCAGCCUGGAGCUGAGAUACUUACCGUCAUUGCCACUGACCGCGACUCCGGUGAAUAUGGACAAAUCACAUAUGAGCUUUUACCUGGAGACUCCUCCUCUCUUUUCUCAGUCGACCAAUCAACAGGUGUGGUCUGUCUGUCCUCUCCGCUCUCUACGCUGGGCAGUAGCAGUGUGAAGCUGGCCAUUUCUGCCCAUGAUGGUCAGGGUCUGUCUGCUGUCCGGCCUGCUGACAUCACCUUUAACAUCCUGCACAGUGACCAUGCACCUGCACUCUUCCACAAGUCACACUACAGCUUCUCUAUCCCAGAGGAUGCGCCUGCAGGCACCUCCGUGGGCACCGUACAGGCCAUCAAACCACCCAAUUCAGUGGAGAUUCUUUCAUAUCACAUCUCUUCUGGAGACCCCCAGGGUCUGUUCUCUGUGGAUUCCCAAACUGGUGUCAUCUCCACCAGCCAGGUUUUGGAUCAUGAGUCUCUGCCCUACUUCAUGUUGACCCUGCAGGCCCACACAGGCACCUUACCCAUCUACAGCAGCACUCAGGUCAACAUAAGCGUCACAGACACCAACGAUAACCCACCAGUCUUCCCAAAGACCUCAGACCUAAUCACCAUAUCCUACAAUACUCCUCCUGGUACAAUACUCUUCCUUGCACAUGCUCAUGAUGCUGACAGUGGCACAAAUGGACAGAUCCGUUAUUCUUUGCGUCCCGAGAGUGAAAUAUUUGCAAUCCAUCCUCGGCUAGGGAUGCUAACGCUAAAUAAUGACAUCUUGAGAGAUGCUAACCGGAGAUAUAAGCUCAUUGUGGUGGCAGAAGAUGAGGGAAGUCCUUCGCUAAGUUCGUCGCUCAGCCUGGUGGUGGAGCUUGAUUCCUCACCUCCAGCAGAGGAAACCUUAGCGUUUGAGACUUUGGUCUACCAGGUGGAAAUCGGAGAAAGCGCCCAGAGGGACACUAGAGUGAUUCAAGUACGUGCUCAUGCUAGCAAGACCCGGCAUGGCUCAGAUUUUGCCAGAUUAGCUCCAGGUCUCACCUAUACUUUGGAGCCUCUCUCCAAACCACCACCAUUCCUCCUUCACCCUGACACUGGCUGGCUUUUUGUGGCUCAAAGUCUUGAUUACGAGUCAGAACCCAGCUACCGGUUCAAUGUUCGCGCCACGGCUCGUGAUGAGAGUGCUAAUCUGACCGCCACGGCCAUGGUGGUGGUCAUGGUUCAGGAUGAGAAUGAUAACGCGCCAGUGUUUAGCAGGGACAGGUACUUUUUCAGUGUCCCAGAGGGAUCCACCCCACAUGGCCUGAUUGGGACAGUGAAGGCUACGGACAGAGACUUGAGAAAAAACGGACAGCUGUCCUACAUCCUGCUGUCGGACGGGAAACACUUCCGCAUCAACUCUAAGACAGGUGAGAUCAUCAACUGGGUGGCUCUGGAUCGUGAGGAACGUUCCUGCUACACUCUGAGAGUUUUGGUGACUGACCAUGGUCAUCCUCGCCUCAAUGCCACCACAACCGUCCACAUCCUGGUCUCUGACAUCAACGAUAACCCUCCUGAGUUCACUCACCUGCCCACAAACAAGGAGCUGAAUGUGCAGGUGUGGUCAGGCCUUGCAGUGGGGUCAGUGGUCGUCAGCAUGUUUGCUAAGGAUCGAGACGCUGGAGAGAAUGGAACUGUUACAUUCUCUUUGACUUCAGAUGGUGGAAAGGGUCAUUUUGAAAUUGACCAUCAGAGCGGUGACAUCAGAGUUACAACAGGAUUUCUUUCAGACCCCCACACCAAUUACACCCUCACUGUGGUUGCCAAGGACAACGGCCUCACGCCCCUGCAGCAGAGGGCACUAGUACACAUCCAGGUACAUGCUUCACAAAAACAAAACGGUUUUCUGGGCCUCAGGCAUUUCACUGUGAGAGAGAACGCUAAGCUGGGAACUGUGAUUGGUUCGCUCCGCUUUUCUGGAACAGUUAACAAACAGCUGCGCUACUCUGUUGCCGAGGGUGAUGGGAGUUUACACUUUGGCAUUGACUCAGCCAGUGGCGACCUGUAUGUGGCGCAGCCUCUGGAUUACGAAGCUACGCAGCGCUACUUCUUAGUGAUCCGAGCAGAGGCUCCACCCACUAUGAAUGCCAGUAUGCUAGUGGCUGUUAGCGUUGAUGAUGUCAAUGACCACGCCCCUUGGUUCCCUGGCAACGAUAACAUUGUGGUGUUCGGUGUUCAGGAGGACGUUGCCGUGGGAACUUCAGUGUAUGCCUUUAAUGCGCGUGAUGGGGACGAUAGUCUCCAGAACAGUGUGAUUCGUUAUUCAAUGACCUUUGACUCUGGCUCUUCUAUAGAGGAGCUGCCAUUCAGCAUUGACCCUCACACUGGGGUUGUCACGACCACUGCACAGUUGGAUCGAGAACGCAUCCAAAGUUUUGUGUUUACUGUCACCGCCAGAGACCAGGCCAAAAACCCAGAUGACCGGAAACACUCCUCAGUAACAGCUCAAGUUUUCAUAAUUGACGUCAACGACAACAGCCCUGCUUUUGUUGCCAUGGACACAGUUCACGUGUCGGAGGACGUGGAGGUUGGAAGCCUUCUUUUUCACUUGCUGGCCACAGAUGAAGACAAGGGGGAAAACAGUCACGUGACCUACAGUCUGAUUGGUGGAAACGAAGAUGGACACUUUCGUUUGGAGAGAACAGGUCACCUGUAUCUGAACUCCUCUCUGAACUACGAAUCUCAGCAUGCCUUUGGGCUCACUGUGCAGGCCUCAGACAGUGGGCUGCCAUCUCUGUCCAGUACUCAGACUCUGACUGUGGUCGUGCUGGAUGUGAAUGACGAGGCUCCCAUGUUUGAACGCCGUGUUUAUGUUGCCACCGUUGCAGAGAACCGAGAGCCGGGGCAGCCUGUGGUCAGAGUGAGCGCAGUCGAUCUGGACUCAGAGGAGAAUGCGAUUGUGAUCUACAGCCUCCUGCCUGGUCCUGGUUAUGAGUUCUUCACCAUUGACUCCCACACCGGCCUGGUCAGCACCUCCACCCAGCUGGACAGAGAGAUCCACCAAAGCUUCACUCUAAGAGUUCAGGCAGAGGACAGUGGGGUUACUCCUCUCUCCAGCACCACCACGGUUCUGUGCUCUGUGCUGGACGAAAACGACAAUCCUCCUGAGUUCUCCCAACUGUCUUUCCACAUCAUUAUACCGGAGAACCUCCCUCCAGGAGUCAUUCACACUGCCCAGGCCUCCGACCCUGACAACGGCGUCAAUGGAACUGUGAAGUUCUCUAUACAGAAUACAGACGGUCAUUUCUCCAUAGAUGCAGUAACAGGCGCAAUCAGCACUGUGAAAGCUUUGGACAGGGAAGAAUGUUCUAACUACACCCUCAGCAUCACCGCCUGUGACCAGGGUCCAUCUCCUCUGACCUCCACCACCCUCCUCUCCAUCUCUCUCUCUGACGAAAACGACAACAGCCCUACAUUCAGCCGCAAGAGCUACCGUGCCUCUGUUAGCGAAGGCCUCCCAGUCGGUUCCGAACUCCUCCGGCUCAGCGCCAGGGACCCUGACGAGGGUCCGAACGGGGAAGUCACCUUCUCUUUGGCUGAGGACACUGCUGGAAUCUUCUCUGUGGAUUCUGUGACAGGUGCUGUCUUUCUGACGAAGCCGCUGGACCGAGAGAUGCGUUCUCAGCACACUUUCCGUGCCAUGGCAACCGACAACUGCAGUCAGGGUCCUCGAAGCUCCAUCGCCCUGGUUACCAUCCAGGUAGAAGACGUCAAUGACAACCCACCUGCAUGCGCCAAGGGACCCACCCAGGUGUCAAUCACCACCAGAGGUAUUGCAUAUCCUGGUCAACCCAUCACUAAAGUGGUAGCAGAUGAUCCGGACCAUAAGGAGAACGGAACAGUGACAUUCAGUCUGAUGGAGGAAGACGGGCUGUUUCAGAUCGACCGUUUAUCUGGAGGGGUCCGGCUGAAGGCUCCACUGACUGAGGGGGUAUCGGGUUCCAGGAUGCUGUCGGUGUUGGCUGUAGAUCAGGGCACACCUGCCCUCACCUCCACCUGCCUGCUGCUGGUUCAGCUUAAUGGAGAAAGGCCGCUGCUGCAGUUCACUGAGCAGCUCUAUGAAGUGACCUUACCAGAGAACAGCAAGACAGGCUCCUGGGUGGCAAAUGUGGUGGCCCAUGACCAGACUGCACCAAGGACCACAAUCAAGUACAGUAUUUUCAAUGGCAAUGAGAAUGGAGCAUUCAGCAUCAAUCCUAACACAGGUGAUAUAACAGUCCGAGAACAGACUCUGCUUGACUUUGAGACAGAGCGCAAGGUUCAUUUGGUGGUGCUGGCAGAAAAUGGCCACCAGUCGGCCUACGCUCGAGUGAUCAUCGCUCUGCAGGAUGUGAAUGACAACGCACCAGUGUUUAAGCAGAGCUAUUACAGAACGGCUGUCUGGGAGGGACAAAUCCACAACACUUAUGUCAUGCAGGUGUUAGCAAUGGAUUCUGACAGUGGUGUGAACGGCCAGAUAGACUACUCCAUUGUGGAUGGAAACCACAACAAUGCUUUCAGUGUUGACUCAGUUCGUGGGAUUCUGGCCACCAAUGCAGUCCUAGAUCGAGAGAUCAUCUCAUCUUACAAGUUGGUUCUUGAGGCUAAAGACAGGGGAAGCCCUCCUCUUACAGGGACCUGCACUGUUCGGGUGCAGGUUGUGGAUGUCAACGAUAACAGCCCAGCAAUACCACCAGUGGAGCCCCUACUGGUUACAGAGAAUCUUCCAGCUGGUCACAUUGUCACCCAAGUUAUGGCCAAUGAUGUGGACCUCAAUUCUAUAAUAACCUACAGCUUAGCAGGAAAAGGAGAAGAAAAUGGGAGCUUUGCCAUUGACCGCUACUCUGGGGUCAUUACCUCAACAAAGAUUCUGGACUAUGAGGAGCAAGUCCUGCAUACGCUGAGAAUAGUAGCAUCAGACUCUGUACAUCAGACAGAGGCAGAGGUUACCGUUCAAGUACUUGAUGUGAAUGACAAUGCACCAGUGUUCUCUCAAGAGUUUUACCAGGUAGUGUUGCCUGAGCUGACACCUGCAGAUUCAUUUGUUGUGGCUGUGACUGCAACCGACAGAGACUCUGGUCUAAAUAGCAAGAUUUCAUACAGGCUGCUCUCUUCCCCAAUGAAGGGCUUCUAUAUUGAUGCAGAAAAUGGUUCUAUAUACACCAGCAAACCUCUGAAAUACGUCACUAGUGGCAACAUGAUCCGGCUUCUGGUGGAAGCUCAGGACAGUGGUGACCCUACCUUGUCUUGUAUCACAUCUGUGGAUAUACAAGUGGCAGACUCCAAUGACCACGCACCUUUCUUCCAACACAACACCUACCAGCUGAGCGUUAGUGAGGAUGCACCUGUUGGGAGUGUGCUCCUUAUCCUGCUGGCUGAAGACCAGGACUACUCAGACAAAAACACCCACCUUGAUUAUGCCAUCACUGGGGGCAAUGAGGAGAGGCGAUUUUGCCUUGAAGUCAUCACUGUGCGGACAGAGGCCCAACAAAGGACUGUGGGUCAUGUAGUGCUCUGUGACACCCUGGACAGAGAGACCACAGAGACGUACUUAUUGACCAUUACUGUCAUGGACAGAGGUGUUCCUCCACUCAACAGCUCGACAAUAGUAUCGGUCACUGUACUUGACGUCAAUGACCAUGAACCUGUUUUCAACAGCUCGGAGUACUAUGCACAAGUCAGUGAGAACAGCCUACUUGGUACUUCCCUGGUUCAGCUGUCUGCUCAAGAUCUCGACCUUGGGCCAAAUGGCACAGUAAGGUAUGAUAUCAUCUCUGGUAACAGAAAGGGUCUCUUUAGGCUGGAUUCUCAAACAGGUUCUCUGGAAGUCAACGGCACUCUGGAUUACGAAGAAGAUACAAAACACAUCUUGACUGUUCGAGCAUCAGAUUGUGGUGGUCCAGGCAACAGGAAGGUAUCCUUCGCUGUGAUCUUCAUCACAGUGCUUGAUGAGAAUGAUAAUUCUCCCUUCUUCAUGUUCUCUACCAUCAAGUGUUCAGUGGCAGAAAAUCUGCCAGUGUUUACCCCAGUGUGCAUGGUCCAUGCUGUUGAUCAGGAUGCAGGACGGUUUGGCCUGCUAACCUACUCAAUCCUGACCUCUUGUUUUAUGGACUAUGGCAGUGGCAACCCAGACAGAAAAGAGGCCUUUGCCAUUGACCCUCUCACUGGAGACAUCCAUACUAGACAGACAUUUGACUAUGAGAGAGACAGUGAAUACUGUUUUCUCGUAGAGGCCCGGGACAAAGGAGAUCAGUCAGCUAUGGUGAGGGUUCAGGUUGAUAUUGAAGGCAUGGAUGAGUUCAGCCCUAUCUUUACCCAGAAGGUGUACCAUUUCACUUUGCCAGACAAUGCCAGAGUAGGCCAAAGUGUUGGCCACGUGAUGGCCAUGGACCAUGACGGAGGUCUGGAUGGCAUUGUGGAGUAUUCUUUAGCUAACCCGUCACCAUUUUUCAAUGUCAACAAAAGUACUGGGAGUGUCUAUAUUUCAAAUCCAGUGUACCGACGAAGAGGUAGCAUCUCAAGUGAGGAAGUUGAAGACUUGACAGUUCUGGCAAGCAGUCCAAAGCUUGACUCCAGAUCGACGGCCUGUCGUGUCAUUGUGAACAUAUCCAAUUCGGCAGAGGCACUGACAGGUAGUGCUCUCAGUGCCCAGACUGUCAGCCUUAGUGUUUCCUUGACAGUGUUUCUUCUGCUUUUGAUUAGUUUUGUUGCUCUAGUGUUGAGGUACAAGACCAAGGAGAAUGCUAUUAAGAAGGCUGCCUCAUUAGCUGCUAAUCUUAACCAUGGGACCGGAACUUUUGGAAGAUUGGGCAACUGUCAAAAUGGUAUCAAUGCCAUAAAUCUCCAAGACUUGCAUGCACCUUUAGACAUGAGAGCAAAGAGGGACAUCUCCAACCCCUUGAGGAACUCAGGCUCAAGUGGACGGGGCUCGGCAGAAGGUGAGACUGCUGAGGACCAAGAGAUUAAGAUGAUCAAUGAAUACCAACGUAUCAUGCAGCCUGAAUCUGUCAUGCCUGAACCAGACUCGGGAAUCCCCAUUGAUUCAGAUCAGCUCUCCUGCCAUUCAGUUACUGGUGCAAAUAUGGGCACAGGCCAUUUGGUGGGAAUGGCAAGUGCUGAGAGUCUCCAUAACUUCAAGGAAGAAGGAGGCGGUGAAGGGAUGUUGCCUCGGGUGGUCAACAUGAGGGAGAUGGAGGAGGUGCUGAGAGGCUGUAUGCCCUUGCCAGACCACCAGGAUUCCAUUGAGGGAUCCCUCACCAAUCUGAUUUGCCCAGAGGAGCAACUGCGUGGCAGCUAUGGCUGGGACCACCUUCUCAAUUGGGAACCUCGCUUUCAACCCCUGGCGUCUGUCUUUACUGACAUCAGCAUGCUCCCUGAUGAGGAAGCAAGUGAAAGACCUGUAGGUUCGGAGUUUCACAGUCUUCUGCACCCACCUCCACUUAUCACAGGAGUGGCCCAGCCAGGAAUUCGUGCAGUACCCCCUAGGAUGCCUCAGAGGAUGGCAUCCCUGGUAAGAAAGCCCUCAUACCCCAAGUACGCAUACUCACCUUUGGCAAGGAACACAGGACUAACUCCUUCAGCCAUGACCCCCAGCUUUUCUCCUUCUCUUUCACUUCUGACUUUGAGGACACCUAAUGCUUCUCCUGUGGUCUCAGAAACUGGACUGGGUAGUUUCACCAAAACGGCUCCACUGCCAAGAGAUGUCUUGGUGGAUGCAGAGAUAAAAGUAUAAUUGGUGUUUAGAUGAUUUGUGUAAUGAAUCCAACUCAUUCAGAAUACAUUACCUGGUGUUUUAACCUGUUUAUAAAAAUUAUUGGUUUGGAUUCUUUCAUGGGAAUUCCACCGAUUUUUCACAAUUUCUGCAUAAUUCAGUGGUUGAGAUGUAAACAGUAAUUCUGAGUAGUUUCCUGCAGUGGUGCUAAUAGGAACUUGGGGCUGCCAUGUGUACCUCUCCACCAUGAAUGUAUUUCAAAGUAUGUUUUAGGUCAAAAUUUAUCAUAAAAACAAUAUCUCAGGCAUCAGGCAACAUAUUCAUAUCCAUC